AUGUCGGCGUACGGUGUUGUUGGCACGUCGCUGCCCCUGGUGCCGGAGCCCGUGUCCGGCGAUGCGCUGGAGGCCCAAUGGCAGGCCGCCAUGCGCUUCGUCCUGGAGGCCAUGUCCUCCUUCGGCGAGCUGCUGAUGAACUACCUGGGCUCGCUCGGGGUGACGGACUACCUGACCGAGAAGUAUCUAAAGUCCCGAAGUGCCCCGAACUUCGGCCGGCCCACCGACCGUGCAUCGGUCGACAUCUCGGUCACCAAAACCACCACCGCCAUGGUGAGCAUGAUGUUUCUCCUGGUGUACCUCAGCACGGUGAUGGGCCUUUCCCCCCUGCUGCCGCUGUUUGCGUGUGUUGUGUCCGUCCUGGCGGCCGUCCACCGGAACCGGCUGCGUACCAAGGUGAAGCAGGAUAUCAUCCGUGCCGGGGGCGUCCCCGAUGGCAUGAGCGAGGCCCUGUGCCAGACCAUCCGCGAGUCGCUGACCGCCAACGACGAGGGCGAUGGGUGGGAGUCGCCGGCCAUGAUCGAUGCCAUGCUCACGCAAAUCACCUCCUUCAUCGGGCCGCGCAUGGCGCCCAUGAUCAUGGAAACCGCCGGGCCGAUGAUCGCCUCCAGUUCGCCAGUGUCCCAGAUCCUGCUCGAAUUGGUGGACAUCAGCCUGGGCACCGCCUCGCCCAAGAUCCUACGCAUUCGUGCCCAUCGUGAUGCCCCUCCCGGGAUCCUUAAACUCGACGUUGCCAUUGCGUAUGCCGGGAAAAAUGGCGCCAGCGCCCAGCUCCGGGUGAAGCUCGGCCGCUUCGGCGGCAUCACCAUCCCGGUGCUGGUGCACGACUUCUACUUUCGCGCCACCCUACAUGUGGCCCUGCGCCUGCGUGCCAGCUACCCCUUGAUGGAGGACAUCACCAUUCACUGCCUGGACGAGCCGCUGGUAGAUUUCUCGGUGAGACCCCUGGGCGGGACGCUGGACAUGAUGGCGCUGCCCGGUGUCAGCGCCCUGGUGAGGUCGCACAUUCGCGAUGGCGUGCGCUCCCGCCUGAUGGUGCCCAAUAAGGUGGUGCUGCCGGUGCGGUCGUGGGCCGUGUGCACGGCCGCCAUUCCCCUGGCCCCACCGGAGCCCCGGCAGAUGUACCGCCCCUGUGUGGGCAUCGUGCGCGUGGAGCUGGUCGCGGCCGCUGGCAUCCCGCGCCGGGACAACCUUGCCGGCGCCGGGCAUCCCUUCUUCCGAAUGCGCCUCCACGGGCGUCGCUACCCGGAGUUCGUGUCAAGUGUUCGGCGCCGCGCGACCGCCGCCCAGUGGAAUGAGUCGGUCCUCUUUCCGCUGACGGACACGCCGAAUGAGACCGACCUCCAUGCGCUCGUGCGGGUGCGCACGCGCGUGGCCCCGCGCCUCGGGCGAAAGGCCAUCGUCCUGCGGCUGUUCUUCGCGCAUGCCAUGCUCAAGGAGGAGCUGAUCGCCGAGACCCGGGUCCCCAUGGGCCCGGUCAUCAGCAACCCCGACCAUUUCCGUCACGAGCGCACCGUGAUCGUGCGCAUGGGCGCCACCACGGUCAGCUUCCGGAUGCAAUACCUGCCGGUGGCCACCGGCAUGCGCAGCGCCGCGCUGCUUUCGUCGCUGGCACCGCGGGCCGUUUUCAACCGCUCGAUCGUCUGCCCGGGCGAUCCGGUGCGAAUCUGCGGCCCAGGCAUCCUGUACAUGCAAAUCAUCCGCGCCGAGGGGCUGUCCUCCUUCUCGGUGCCCCAUGCCAAGAUCCGCGUCGAGGCAACCAUCGGCUCCCGGCCGGUGUACAUGACCGAGCCCCGGCAGGAUGCCCAAUGGCGCGAGGCGUUGGACCUGCUCGUGGUGCCGGACGCCACAUCCCUCUCGACGCAGCAGAGCUGGGUGUCCCUGAGCCCGGUGGGCGCGGAAACCGCCGUCGAUGAGGCCGGGGGGAAUUACGACCCGGCCGGCGGGGAUCCGUAUGCCGCGCUGCAGGGCAGCACUCGCAUGGCCGGCGAUGCGGAGGGCGGCACCGGCCCGGGGGGCGCGACCCCCGGCGUGUCGGCCGGCACCCCGGACGGCACGUCCACCCUCCUGCGCCUGGCCCUCGUGACGGAGGAAACCAACACCCCGCUCGGGGUGGUGGUCCUGCCGCUGGAGGCUCUGCGCUUCUCGGCCGGCGAGCCGACCGUCUGCGAGGACCUCUUCCGGCAAUUUUGCCGCAUGCACCGGCAGACCGUCUCCCGGCGGUGGGAGUCGGCCGCCGCCGCGGCCGGGCUGGACCUCAACCACCUGGAGCGGCCCCUCGGCCGGACGCAGAUGCAAAUCCUUCGCGAGGGCCUGACCUGCUCCUGUACGCGCGUCGGGGCCGGGUGUGCCACCCUCCGGGCCAUGAACGAGAAUGCCACCGGCAUCGUCGGGCCCGGCGGAGGUGACCCCAUGGCGGCCGGCCUGCCCGCGCCGGUGAAUGCCACCGGCAUCGUCGGGCCCGGCGGAGGUGACCCCAUGGCGGCCGGCCUGCCCGCGCCGGUGGUGCGCGAUGGCCAUCCCCCGGAUGACGGGUCGCUGGCCGCGCGGCAGUCCAUUCUCGGGUCCACCACCCGGCCCCUGCGCUUGGCGCCGGCCCUGGUCAACAGCGCCUGGAUGGAGGGCCGCCAGGGGGCCAACACGGUCAUCCCGCGCCUGGUGUUGGUUCUUCGCUUCCAGCCGCUGGGGAUGAUGUCCUUGAUCCGGGCUGCCGGAUCCAAUGGGGUGGGUGCGGAAAAGCCGGUCUUGCGGUCGGAGGCCGCGGCCGCACGUGGCACGGCAGCCGGCUAUUCCGCCGUCCAGGGCCCCGGCGUGGACCCCAUGGCCACCGUCCGGCCGGCCUCCCUCGGCCGGACCCAGAGCAGCACCGGGCGCAGGGUCAACCAGCAGGUGACGGACUUCGUGGGAUCCCCCCGGCGCGGGCUCAGCGACCGGUUCCCGGCGGCCGGUCGCCAGCGGCGGCACAUUUCCAAAGUCCUGGAGGCUUCAUCAAACGACAUCGAUGUCAUCCAAGUUACGGUGCACUCGGCGCGGCACUUGACCGCGGCCGAUUCCUCCGGCCUGGCCGAUCCGUAUGUCCAUCUGCACUUGACCACCGGCGGGCUGGCGGUCGACGAGGCGGGCAAGCGCCUGCCCCGCAUCGACGUGGACCGGCGGACGAAUGUCGCCGAGAAAACCCUCAAUCCGGUCUGGGAGCAGACCUUCAACUUCCCGAUCACCCGCCGGCAGGCCGGCUACCUGGACAGCCUGGCCCGGGAGCAGGCCGGCGUCCUGGCCGCGGCCACCGGCGACCUGUCAAGUGGCGCCGACACCGAUAACAUGAUGGCCGGCCUGGAGGCCACGCUCGAGAUCACCGUGCGCCAUGCGGGGCUCAGCCGCCGGCGAAGUGAUCGCCUCGGGGUCCUGCGCUUGGACUUGUCGCGAAUCUACGAUCCGAUCUACAACUGCUGGUUCCGUCUGGAGGGCGUCCCGCGCGGGGAGAUCCGCCUGACGGUGACAUCGAACCGGAACAUCGCCCGGGCCCGGGGCGCCGAUGGGCCGGUGGCUGUGCCCACGGUGGUCAGCCGUCUGGGACACCCCUGCGAUGACCUGGUGGCCUCGACCCUGCGCGACAAGGACCUGCAUCCGGAGUGCAUCGUCGGGAGCACCUGGGACGAAGCCGACGGGGUGACCGUCGGAUCGCCGGCGCCGUCACCACCGCCACGGGUGCGCGCCUCCCCCGGCAAGGCCCCUGCUUCGGUGGUCAAGCGCACCCCGGCCGGGUCGCCGGUGGCCGGAGCCGCCCCUUCGCCGGUGCCGCGCGUUCGCAUCCAAGUGGACCCGCCGACCCCGCCCGGCCGAGGUGUGGCCGACAGGUCGGCCGCCUCGUCGGGGGCAGCGCCCACGGCCACGGCCGCCACCACCACCACCGCCAGCAUGGCAGCGGCGGCACAGCCCAGCCCGAUGACCCUCCUGCGCCACCGGUUCCCCCCGGCAGUCACCCCGGGCGGGACCCUGCUGCCGGACGCUUCCUUCAGCCAGCUGGACCUGCACAGCUCGGCCGCCGGCCCGAGCCCGGCCCCGGCCCCGGCCCCGGCCCCGGUGCCGGUGGUGACCGUCACCAAGUCCACGGUCCAGCCGGCCGACAGCCCGGUCCUGGUGGCCAAGCUGUCGCCGCCGCCGGUGGCCGCCACCACCCACGCCGAUGUGGUUGUGAUCACGGAUGCCUCGGAUUCGGAGCUCGAGCCGGAGCCCCCCGGCAGGAGCCCCGGGCCGGGCCCCUCGCCGCUGCGCGAGGAGUGGCGCCAGUCCGUCGCAUCGCCAGGCGGGACGCUGCUUCCCGGGGCCGCGGCCGCACCGCCCCCUGCCGGCGACUGGGCCGCCGGCAGCGCCAGCGUCCACCUGGUCCGGGAAUCCCCCCCGCCAGGGUCGCCGGCCGGCACGGAGGUGUGGACCGUUCGCGCCGGGGCCGGCGGGCCGCCGGGGGCCGCUGCCGAGGCAGACUCGCCGAUGCGACAUCUUGCCCCGGCGCCGGGGCCGGAGCUGUCGCCGCUGCUGGGCCGGCGUGCGGCCCGCGAGUGGACCGUGGCCGUGAGCCGGCCCGGGGCCGCGGCAGGCUCGCUGCCGGCCGUCGAAUCGGCCGACGUCAUUUUCAUCGACGCCCCGGCCAGGAAGGCCGAUGCCGGCCCCACGCCCUGGAGGCAGACCGCCGGCCUGCCGCCCACCCCCUCGCCCAGCCCGCCGGCCAGCCCGCCGGCCGGGGCGGCCGCCAUCGGUCGACCGGCCGGAGGCCCGGCCCCGGCGCCGGUCGCCCACCCGGCCAUCGUGUCAUCUGUGCCGAGCAGCGCCGCAAGCUCGCCCCCGCUGCCGGUGGCCGCCGCCUCCUCGGGCGCCGCCUCCUCGGGGUCCUCCUCUUCGGCCGCCUCGCCUUCGCCCACGGUGGCACUGAUGCCGGGCCCGGGCGUCCCCCGGCGGCCCGUGGCGGCCGGCCAAUCGACGCUGAUGCCCGAGGCGCGGGCCAUCUGGCCCGGGCCGAUGCCGGCCGGCCAGACCCCCGGCGGGGGCCCCUCCCUGGGGGAGCGGCGGAAUGUGGCCAUCCGGCCGAUUCGCCCGCCCAUGCGCACGCCCCCCCCGGAGGCGGUGUUCCUCACCGGCCAGCUGGACGGGAAUACCUGGACCGCGGCGCCGAGCCACGUGCCGGAGGACAUCGCCACGGACGCGGUGCUGGUGGCCACCACCCUCGGCACACGCACCGCCCUCGGGCGCUUCAACCACGUCAACGACUUCAUCGGCGAGGAGAGCACCGCCUGGCCGCCGGGGUCGGCCACCGGGCAAGCCGCCUCGGCCCGGCACGAGGUCCGCAUCCCCACCGACGAGGCGGCCUUCGCCGAGAUCUCCACCCUGAACCCGGAGCUGGGGGCCGCCGCGCCGGAGACCGGCCCGGUCGAUGGCCCGGGGCCCGGGCCGGACGCCAUGCAGCCGCCGGGCUGCCGGCCCACCGGCGGCCGGCCCAUCUUCGGCCCGGACGGCCAGGCCGUGACCGCCGUCACGACGACCAUCUCCCCGGCGGGGAUCUUCGAAAAUCGCUCGGUAUACAUCCCGCCCGAUGGGCCCUGCAUGAUUGCCCGCCCGGGGUACACGGAGAAAGGUGCGUCCCCCCGGCCGCGGGCAUCGGCACCCGGGGCCCCGGUCCAGGCGGCCGGCGGCCGGCCCGCGGACCCGGCGCCCGAGCCGCCCCGGCCCGAGGUGGCGCCCAGCCGCGGCCCAGGGUCGCCGCCCGCCCUGUCGGCCGCCCUGUGGCAGGAGGAGGUGGUCGCCGGGGGCCGGCCGGCCGCCAGCCGAGCCCGGCGCUGGGCGGCCAGCUUCCGACGCCGGCUCUCGUCCUCGUCGGCAUCGUCCUCGGCCGGGUCCUCGGCCGGGUCCUCGGCCUCGAGAGCCCCCUCGGUGGCCUCGACCUCGCGGUCCGGUCUGCUGUCGUCCUCCUCGCUGCUGGGCCGGGGCCCCGGUGACGCCGGCCAGGCCCGGUGAUGAGGGGGGCCAGUUGCGCCUCGGCCCCGCGCGGGGCUGCGCGGCGGUCUGCCGCCCGGCG